AUAUCAUAUUCCGUAGUGGGCACCACGAGAGUUGUACAUACUUUAAAGCGUUUACUUCCUUUUUUUGAGUGCGUAUAGAUAUAGGCCUAGGCUAUCUCUCUAUAUAUAUAUAAGUGUGUGUUGAAUUAAUAGAUUAAUUCGCAGUUGAAGGAUUGAGGAUAGAGAGAGACAGUUUCUGGAUUAACAAUGGUUUCAUUGGAGGGUGGCAAUGGAGAACCUGAUAAGAAACUCAACAAAUAUUCUGCUGGCUGUGCUAUUGUUGCCUCUAUUAUAACCAUCAUAUUUGGUUAUGACACUGGUGUUAUGAGUGGAGCUAUGAUCUUCAUAAAAGAGGAGCUCGAUAUCAGCGAAGUCAACGUAGAACUCAUCGCCGGAAUUCUCAACCUGUGCGCUCUGGUGGGUUCCCUUUGCGCCGGGAGGCUUUCGGACUUCAUCGGACGGCGAUACACCAUCGUCCUAGCGUCCAUCAUCUUCAUGACAGGCUCAAUUCUAAUGGGAUACGGACCAAACUACCCCGUCUUGUUGGCCGGCCGAUGCGUCGCAGGCGUCGGAGUAGGCUUUGCACUGAUGAUUGCACCGGUCUACUCCGCGGAGAUCUCAGCCACCGAACACCGAGGCCUCCUGACAUGCCUACCGGAGCUGGGCAUCGCCAUCGGAAUCUUACUCGGCUACUUAUCAAACUACUUCUUCGCAAAACUAACCCUCAAGCUCGGGUGGAGGCUGAUGCUGGGCAUUGCAGCCAUACCAUCACUCGGCUUGGCAAUCGGAAUACUCAAAAUGCCCGAAUCUCCCAGAUGGCUGAUCAUGCAAGGCCGACUCGGAGAGGCGAAAAAGAUCCUAUACCUAGUAUCAAACACAGAAGAGGAGGCCUUAACAAGAUUCCGGGACAUAAAGAUAGCGGCCGGGAUCGACGAGAACUGCGACGACGACGUAGUCAAGCUCCCCCGGAAGAAACAGGGGCAGGAAGCGUGGAAGCAGCUGAUUCUGAGGCCGUCCCCCACCGUGCGCUGGAUGUUACUCGCCGGCGUCGGCAUCCAUUUCUUCGAGCACGCCACCGGAAUCGAAGCCGUCAUCUUAUACGGCCCAAGAAUCUUCAAGAAAGCGGGAGUCCACAAGAAGAGCAAGCUCUUACUAGCGACCAUCUUUGUUGGAGUGACGAAAUUGUCCUUCAUAGUGGUGGCCACAUUUCUGCUGGACAAAGUAGGGAGGAGGAAGCUGUUGUUGACAAGCGCCGGGGGUAUGAUCGUCUCACUAUUGGCGUUAGGGACAGGUUUGACCGUCGUGCAAAACUCCAAAGAGGAGCUGUUUUGGGCUCUGUGUCUUUGCAUUGGGUCCACCUAUGCCUACGUGGCCUUCUUCAACUUUGGGUUGGCUCCUGUAACGUGGGUCUAUAGUUCUGAGAUAUAUCCCUUGGAGUUAAGGGCACAGGGUCAUAGUAUAGGGGUGGCUGUGAAUAGGAUCAUGAAUGCUGCCGUCUCCAUGAGCUUUAUUUCGAUCUAUGAGGCUAUUACUAUUGGUGGGACCUUCUAUAUGUUUGCUGGUGUAUCUGCGGUGGCCUUUGUGUUCUUCUACUUCUUCUUGCCUGAGACUAGGGGAAAGUCAUUGGAAGAGAUGGAGAGCAUCUUUAGUAGGGCGAAGAAGCCAAAGAAUGUAGGCAGUUAGAGGGCAAAACAAGUUGGAAGAGAUUUGCUGGCGGCAACAGACUCGCACCAUCAUUUUUAUGCGGAAUUUGAACCCGAUGUAAUUAGUGUUAAUUUUCAUUGUAAUUAAUGAAAAAAAAGUUAUUUUCUUAA